UAGUGCGGUUGCAUCGCAGCGCAUACACAAUGGCUGCCCGAAAAAAGACAGAGCAAACAAUUUCCAGGCCCGCCGCGUCUGGCAGAAAAUAUGAGAAAAAAAUUAUUAAAAAUUCAGGAAAUAGUUGAAAGUGAGGAAAAAGUCCAGAGAGAGGAUGAGGAAGCUCCCAGGGCCCCUGAGUCCAGGCUGGGAUGACAACCUAAAGCUGUUAGUUCCAGUCACACCAGCACCAGUCAGGCGCCCUUCACCUGUCCAUGUAGACGCUCUGCUCUAGGGUGCCAUGGCCACAGGAACGGAGCGCCGCCAUGACCCUGUCCCAGAGAAGGCCAAGCUUUCACCAACUUUGGGGAAACGCAGGAGAGCAGAAGGGAAACCCAAGAAGAACUUUCCUUGUCAGGAGUGUCAAAAGGCGUUCAACAGCCUGGAGAAGUUGAAGGUUCACUCGUACUCCCACACGGGGGAAAGGCCCUACCGCUGCUCCCAUCCAGACUGCACCAAGGCCUUCGUGUCCAAGUACAAGCUGCUACGGCAUACAGCAACUCACUCACCAGAAAAAAGCCACAAGUGUUCGUACUGUGAAAAAAUGUUUCACCGCAAGGAUCACUUAAAAAAUCACCUCCACACCCACGACCCACACAAGGAGGCCUUCUCCUGUCAGGAGUGCGGGAAGAGCUACAACACCAAGCUGGGCUUUAAGCGCCACCUGGCCCUCCAUGCCGCCAACAGCGGAGACCUGACCUGCCAGGUGUGCCUGCAGCUGUUCCCUAGCACCGCGGUUCUCCUGGAUCACCUCAAAACUCAUGCUGGCAAGACGUCCGGAGGGACCAAAGAGAAGAAGCAUUGCUGCGAGCACUGCGAGCGCCAGUUUUACACCCGCAAAGACGUGCGACGCCACAUGGUGGUGCACACCGGCCGCAAGGACUUCCUGUGCCAGUACUGCGCUCAGCGCUUUGGCAGGAAGGAUCACCUGACACGUCACAUGAAGAAGAGCCACACCAGAGAGCUGCUGAGGGUCAAAGCGGAACCCACCGACUCGCUGGAGACCCACGUCUUUGAUCUGCCUGCAGGAAGCAUCAAGGAUGAGAUUCCAGCACCGCUGACGGCGAGGUCCCACCAAGUGGGUGUGUUCUCGGGCUGUGGCCUGGACACGCAGCCCUUCUCCUCGCCUAAUAACCCCUUUUCUUUGAAGUACCCACUGUGCUCUAACUUUACCUCGUACAACAUCACCUCACAUGAGAGGGAGCAGAAUCUAAAGGGAGAACUGGAGACCUACUUGAUGGAGCUGCAGAACAUGCCAUCCUCAUCCUCUACCCCCCUGCAUCCUCAGAUCCCCUCCUCCAAACUGGAGCUUUUACCUCAUGUGGGUCUGUUGGAGGAAGCGAGCGAGUCAGGGUCCCUCUCUAAAAUGUCCACGCCAGCAGCAGACCCCGCACCAGACUCUGUGGCCUCGGCUUCCUCUCUUUUGGAUUUCUCACAGCUCUUCAACUUCCUGCCACAAAACGGGCCCGCAUACAGUCAGGUAGGGAGCGGUGGGGCCAGCAUGGGGCCUGCCGCUACCUUCCCACCAGCCGAGGAGCCCCUUACUCUAGUCCCACUGGCCCCGCAGACACCUGCAGGUCCAGAGACAGCAGAGAUCCCUCUCCAAGGACCCCCGUCCUCCUUCAUAUGCAGCCUGAACACCACCCCCACCCUACCCCGCUUUCAUCAAGCUUUCCAGUGAUGCAGUCAGAGCUGCCGAUAAACAGGAGACCAGUCUGCCUGACCUAUAACCCAGCUGAAGGUGCAUGAAGAUCAGGGCCCACACACACAUCUCUAUCUUAGCUGGGCUUUUCCUUUGACUUCCUUUCAUUUCUAACCCAUUUCUACUGUCUAAGAGUGACCGCAACCCUAACCUAACUCAGCCCUAAACCCUGACCCCAAAAUAACUCGGCUCAAUUUAUUUAUAUAGAGCAGCAGUUUUUCUUGUGGGAACCCGGCAUUUGGCCCCACAAGGAACCCUUGAUCCCCAAACGCGCAAUUGUUCUAAAAAAUGGGGCCAUAAUAUCCAUCCAUCCAUCCAUUUUCCAUCAUGCUUUGUCCCUGCUGGGGUGGCAAGGGAUUCUGGUGCCUAUCUCUAGCUGUCUUUGGUGCGAGAGGCGUUGUACACCCAGGACAACACCAUUCAAACACACUCACAUCUAAGGAGAAUUUAGAGAAGCCAAUUAACCUAACAGUCAUGUUUUUUUUACUGUGGGAGGACGCUAAUCAUUACCAGACCAUACCUUACCAUUACCAGACCCUAUCAUUACCAGACCCUACCUAGCAAUUACCAGACCCUACCAUUACCAGACCCUACCAUUACCAGACCCUACCAUUACCAGACCCUACCAUUAACAGACCCUACCAUUAACAGACCCUACCAUUAACAGACCCUACCAUUACCAGACCCUACCAUUACCAGACCCUACCUAGCAAAUAACCAGACCCUACCUAGCAAUUACCAGACCCUACCUAGCAAUUACCAGACCCUACCAUUACCAGACCCUACCUAGCAAUUACCAGACCCUACCUAGCAAUUACCAGACCCUACCAUUACCAGACCCUUCCAUUGUUAGACCCUACCAUUAUCAGACCCUACCAUUACCAGACUCUACUAUUACCAGACUCUACCAUUAUCAGACCCUACCAUUACCAGAUCCUUCCAUUGUCAGACCCUUCCAUUGUCAGAUCCUUCCAUUGGCAGACCCUACCAUUACCAGACCCUACCUAGCCAUUACCAGACCCCUAAUCAUUACCAGACCCUACCAUUACAGACCCUACCUAGCCAUUAUCAGGCCCCUAAUCCUUACCAGACCCUACCAUUACAGACCCUACCUAGCCAUUAUCAGGCCCCUAAUCCUUACCAGACCCUACCAUUACAGACCCUACCUAGCCAUUACCAGACCCCUAAUCAUUACCAGACCCUACCAUUACAGACCCUACCUAGCCAUUAUCAGGCCCCUAAUCCUUACCAGACCCUACCAUUACAGACCCUACCUAGCCAUUAUCAGGCCCCUAAUCCUUACCAGACCCUACCAUUACAGACCCUACCUAGCCAUUACCAGACCCCUAAUCCUUACCAGACCCUACCAUUACAGACCCUACCUAGCCAUUAUCAGGCCCCUAACCAUUACCAGAUCCUACAUAGCCAUUAUCAGACCCCUAACCAUUAUCAGACCCCUAACCAUUACCAGAGGCGACCAAACCAUAACCUGAACCUAAACUGAAUUCACUUCUUCAUCCGAAACCUUAACCUUUAGCAAAGAGAGAAUUGGGGACCAGCAGAAUGUUCUCACUUUGAUAUUAACGGUCCCCACUCUGAUGCCAAAACAGGAUCACACACACAGUUUAACUUAAGUCUCUAAACUCUGGCAGAUCUUCACAACUUUUCCAGAAACAUCAAAUGUCUUCAAAGUUAGUUUUUGUUUCAUUUAAUAACAUAAGUUAUCAGCUGCUCUGGUCCCAGAAAGGACUUUGAUGUGCUAGAGAGCAGCGGCGGCAGCCAGCCGGAUGCUGCAGCUUCUGGUUAGAUCCAUGUACAGGAGGGGGAGGCUUGAGUUCGUUGCUCAUCAGGGACUCUGAUUUCAGAUCAACAACUGAACGCUCACUAAGGAUUUGCUGUAGUAGUUCGGAUGGUGUUUACUUAGAACUCUACUGCCAUCUUUGACUCUAAACUGAUCCAUCCAUCAUCCAGACAGCUUUGUCUUUGGAAGGAGAGCCGCUUGCUGGGAUCACUUGCUGCAUUCGACUCUUCCUGCUAUGCUGCCAUUAAACGCAGUCCUGUUUGAGUCCAGAUCAUACCAGACACAGCAGGGUUCAAAGUGCAAGUGGUCAUUUAACCUGCAAAACAAUAAUAAGAAACCAUGAAAGCAGGUAGUUGGAGCACAAGGUUUACUCAAUCAAGUUUAUUAAGAUCCCCACCAGGAAAAAAAAACCUGUGGUUAGAACUAGUGAAAGAGUGAGCUUUAUUGGAUAUCCAGAUGUUGGCUAUUUCAUUUUGAAGGUCCAGUAACUCCAAAGUCAAGAUCAGAUUGAGUCUUCCUGGAACAAACCUUGUCCUUCUUAGGCUAUAAGACCUGGAAAAGGCAUUUGUUUGUCUUCUUUCUGGUGCCCUGCGGGGGCGCUCCAGUAGUACAGAGUGGUGGCCUUUACUAGGGGCCGUCUUGUCGCUGCACAAGUGGAGUAGGAGUUUGGUCCCCAUUGCUGGACCAUUUCCGAGUCCGUGUUGGACUCUGGCAGGGCUUCCCUUUCCCUGCUCAGAACCUCCAUGGACGAGAUAGGCAAGGUCAAUGUUCUAGUUUGGGGACCAGCAAAUUUCGUCUCUGCUUCUUCCAGAGACAGAAAUCUCUGCAGAAAGCACUGCUGACUCACUCCUAUCAAACCGACUGCAUGCACUGGGGUGGAUGGCACCAGAGGGGGGAAGGUCAGCAUCUGCUAUUCGGAGACCAUGGAUUUUGACUGGAAAAAGGUGGGUUGCCUAGUUCAGAGCAGUUUUGGUUUCCUGCCUCUAAGUGAAGGACUUUUAGUAUCUUGGGUCCUGUUCAUUAGUGAGGGGAGAUGGACAGACGGAUCUGUGCAGAUGCCUCUAUAAUGCUGAUGCUGCAAUAGACCGGAAUAGUAAAGAGAAAGCUGAAAGCAAAGUUUACCAAUUUAGUGGUUUGUCUACCCUCCUGCUCUCUUCUAUGACCAUGAAAUUAUCGUUAUGGCCAAAGUAGGUGAUGUUAUAUACAAGCGGCUGGAAUUAGCCUCCUCUGCAGGGAGGCUGGGCUCUCCCUCAGAGAGAGGGUGAGGAGCUCGGUCAUCAGGGAUAGACUCAGAGUAGAGCUGCUUCUCCUCCAGUUCAGGAGGAGUCAGCUGAGGAUCAGACAUCCCCUUCAAAUGCUGCCUGGACACCACCCAUGGAAGGUGUUCCACGCACGUCCCACUGGGCAGAGACCACGGGGACAACCCAGGACACACUGCAGUGACUAUGUCUCUCAGUUGGAACACCUCAGGCUUCCCCCAGAGGAGCAUGGGAAAGUGUCUAGGAGUCUCUGCUGAGUCACGCAUAGACUGUAGUCUACAUAUGAGGCCACUGGUGCUCAAUGGAGGGGUUAGUUGCCUUUUGAUUGGAAGGUUGCCGGUUGGCUUCCUAUGGCCUCAUAUGGCCUUCCAAUAUGCCCCAGGAUCCAUGCAUUACUGCAUGCAGGUGCUCAUGUUUGUGCAAGCAGCUUUGGGUGGUAAAAAACUCUUAGGCAUGUUCGUCUCCUGAACCAAGUGUCCUUUUUAGGGUGGCUCCCCCCUGAGGUUUUUUUAUUUGAAACUUCUGCCUUGAAAGAGACAAACUGAUGUGUGGAAGUGAUGACAGUUUUCCUUGUUGAUGUGUGAAUAUUCCUCCAGACACCAGGGGGAGGUAUGCAUGGCUUUCUGGUAAAAGAAACCACCAGCUGUAGGGCUCAGAUAGACAUCAUCCUAGACUCUCCCAUGAUGCGACCAUAUGGUGCUAAUCUGCAGUAUUGUUGGGUUGAUGUUAUCAGUGUGAUGCAGAGUCUGUGAUUUAGAGUUUUGUCAACAUUCAUCAGUGUGAUGGCGGUGGGGAAGAAGCUGCUGCAGAACCUGCUGGUCCUGCAUUGAAUGCUGU